GAAGUCGGUCAGGCUGCUCAAGGUAUGGUAUUACUGUAUCUCGAUUUGCUCUCUGAGGUCUUUAUUAACAACACGCAGGCCGGUGGUGUGCUCUCCAUAUAUGGAAUGACAGUAUCUCCAGUUAUGCCCUUCCUGAUGCAGGCCGUCCUGAAGAAUAUCGAUGUUCGUGGUUCGACAAUGGGAUCUCGCAAGGAGUUCAAGGAUAUGGUGGAUUUCGUCAAAACACACAAGGUCCGCCCUGUAGUCUCUCGCGUCGUGCAAAGUGACUUGAGCGAUAUCGCGGCGCUCGACGGACUGUUCCAGGACAUGAAGGAAGGGAAGCAAUUUGGGAAGUUGGUUCUCGAAUUCGGGAAGUCUUCGGGGAGUAAGCUCUAGAUCCGGGCACGCGUCUUGACCUGUCUUGUAUAGCGGAAUAAGUCAGCUUCGAGGUCUGAGGAAUGUAGUGACAUGGCUUGCUCUUUCCUCACGCCGACCAGUCGCUCUUUCCUUGCCUGUGUAGUGUGCGCCGGUAUCACCACCGCGACUCGGCUCCCUCCAGUCAGUAUGAUCACGCCUCAAGAAUCUUCAUCAUUCUUUAGCAAUCGCGGCAGUUAUUACCUUAUUUUAUCGAACAGCGAGUCCAUUCAUUGCUUCAUUGUCUCCGUUCCCACGAUAGUCUCCCAAGCCGCCACCAUGAGUGCGGGCGUCGUUGAGAGGUUCGGUCCUGGCAUGUCCUUCUAUCGCUCACAGAUCACGCCGUCUCGGAAAAAGGCAAAGCAGGAAGAAGCCUCGCUAAGGAGAUAUUGCGCGGCAUUGAGGGACUUGACCACAACUAAUCGACUCCUCGAAAGCAAGGUGAAGCGACUGUGCUCAGAGAGCUUCAAGCUCAACCUUGACGUGACGACACUUCAGCGUCACAUGCAUGCCUUUUACGGCGAUCUCCUUGUAACAUGGCAGGCCGACAUCCUUACCCGUUUAGUCGAGGUUAUCUACGAAAACCAUGGCUGGAAAAUGCCUGGGGGAGUUCUGGUUGGCGACCACAGUAACAUGGAUCGGGACACACUUACAAGAAUCUACCUGUCGGCAGCAAAGAAGAUCAAAAAGGAGACCGUGACGAAGAAGGCGGUUGGCCUCUCGGAGCAGUACUACUCCGCCCUGCAGAGGUACGAUGAAGUAAGUCUUCCAGCAACAGACCAUUCCCUCCUCAGUCCUGACCCACCUCCUAACACGGUCAGGUCGUUCAUUUACGGAGUACGGACCCUUAUCGAACGGAAUGUAAUUUCGCACGGUGGCUCGCAUCGAAGAAGUCCGCGCGGCCGGGGAUGUACCACUUCUGGGGCAAGCUGUUCCCAGUGUGCUAUCGACGAACAGUUCAGGAGAGCUCUGAGAUUUUCUGAAGCAGCCAUCUGGGCUUUGUCCGGCCUAUUGCGAAAUAGAGCGUGGAGCAUCUGGCAGAGUUGCUCUUUUGAGACGAGGAUGUGAGACAUGGCAGGAACAGACGAAUAAUCUCGAGAGGCACUCCUCCAUCGUCAGAGGCUUGAGGGAAGAUACCGUUACUGGCGGAUUCCUGGUGAAGAAAUGGCAGCCGCUCAAUCCUUGUUUUCUUCGCUAACUCAGCUGUGGGAGUGAUGAUCGUGUGGUAUUGCUGUCUCUGACUGGCUAUGUUUCUCUUAUUUUCGGUGACCGCACACUUCAGUCGGCCUUUCACUUGCCCUGGCCCUAUCAUGCAGGAGAACAGAAUGGGGCCUUUUUGAUCGCAUAGGUACGCCACGAAAAGGGGUAUUAUUUCCCUUAGCAGGCUUGUUGGGGUGCUGCUGCGAGGUUCAACGGCCGCCAUUUUGAGAGCCGCUUUGUA